ACAACCAGAGCCAACCUCCUAUUUCUCUCAGCUAAGCUCCUCCUCUGUCUUUCUCUCGAGUCUUAGCCCAGAAAAAUGGCGAAACCCCGAUGGGAUUCUGCUCUCAAAUGCUUGAUCAUCCUCCUCAAUCUCCAUCUGGGCAGUGUUUUUUCAGCUCCUCCGGCCAACCCAUUUGCCCAGCAGAAAUUGGACAGAGUUGCCGAGCUCCCAGGGCAGAGCUUCAACCUCAGCUUUGCCCACUUUUCUGGGUACGUCCCUGUCAAUGAAGAAACCGGGAGAGCUCUUUUCUACUGGUUUGUCGAAGCUGCCGAGGACCCUCACUCCAAGCCCAUUGUUCUCUGGCUUAAUGGAGGACCUGGAUGCUCAUCCAUUGCGUAUGGUAUGGCCGAAGAAAUUGGCCCGUUUCAUAUCGAGGCAGAUGGGAAGACCCUGUAUUUGAACCCUUACUCUUGGAAUCAAGUUGCUAACGUUCUAUUUUUCGAUUCACCUGUUGGAGUUGGGUUUUCUUAUUCGAACACUUCUUCUGAUUUGCUAUCCAAUGGAGAUAAAAGGACGGCCAAUGAUUCUCUAACAUUUCUAUUGAAAUGGUUUGAGCGCUUUCCCCAGUACAAGGGACGAGACUUUUACAUUACAGGAGAGAGCUACGGAGGACAUUAUGUUCCUCAGCUGAGUCAAGCAAUUGUAAAGUACAACUUGAAAACUAAGGAAAAAGCAGUUAAUCUGAAGGGUUAUAUGGUGGGAAAUGCUCUAACUGAUGAUUACCAUGAUCACUUAGGCGUUUUCCAAUUUAUGUGGUCGGCUGGUUUGAUUUCCGAUCAAACUUACAAGUUGCUGAACCUUCUGUGUGACUUCCAGUCAUUUAUACACACCUCAAAUUCAUGUGAUAAUAUUCUUGACAUUGCUAAUGCGGAACUUGGAAACAUUGACCCUUACAGCAUCUACACUCCUUCAUGCCCUGCUAAUGUUAGCCAGUCAAAUGGGCUGCGGAAACGAAGGAAUACGGUUGGCCACAUCAGUCAGAAAUAUGAUCCUUGCACCGAGGCACACUCAGUUGUAUACUUCAAUCUACCUGAGGUUCAAAAGGCACUUCACGUUGAUCCAGAUCACGCACCAUCUAAAUGGGCAACAUGCAGUGAUGUGGUAAGUAUGACUUGGAAGGAUUCUCCUAGGACAGUGUUGGACGUUUACAAGGAGCUGAUACAUUCAGGACUGCGUAUAUGGAUGUUCAGUGGUGAUAAUGACGCCGUAAUCCCAAUUACAUCUACCCGAUACAGUAUAGAUGCUCUUAAGCUCCAACUGUCAAACCUUGGCGUGCAGUGGUACGAUGAUGGGCAGGUUGGAGGAUGGACACAAGAAUAUGCCGGGCUGACAUUUGUGUCGGUGAGGGGAGCAGGCCAUGAAGUUCCUCUGCACAAACCCAAGCAAGCUCUCACACUCAUCAAAUCCUUCUUGUCAGGAUCUUCAAUGCCAGCUUCUGAACAACUUAUCAUGCCAGCAUCCGAACAACUUAUCAGCGACUCGUGAAGGUUUCAUUUCGCACUCGGUGCUGAAUGAGCAGGAAAAAUUCAUCUACUGUAAGGCUUGGUUACUCAUGUCUCCUUUCAAGACGUCGUUGUAAACUUAAAAAAAAGACGGGAAAAAACUGGUGUGACCGUCAACGUAGAAGUUGGAACAGGCUGUGCCUGUGCCCUUCAAUAAUCAUAGUGCAAACUGCUAUGCAAACUUGCCCCUUGUAUCCUUAAGAUUGUCACCCCUCGAUCCCUUUCUUUUUUCUAGUAGCCUUGUUAAAAUAUUUUAAUCUGGCUUUGACUAAAAGGAUGCCUUUCAAAUUUGAA